GUUAUUCUUAUCAUUUCAAAUUUUCUGGUUUUGAAGUUUUUAGUUUUUUAUUUUUCAAAAAUCAAAUCAGGUCUGAGAAAAUGUAUGUAUCAUGAUUUUUAUUCCCUUUUGUGCUGUAAAGUAGUUUCAAGAAUUAGUCGUUCAAAUAAAUGCAUAAUCGAUGAAUAUUCUGCAUCAAAAUUGAACCAUUCCACAAUGCACAUAGAUACUCCGAACAAUCCCAUACACGAGUGCAAUAAGCCGGCAAUACCCUCUUCAGAAGAAUGGAACCAGUUGAAGUACGAAAUAGAGAAUUCUUUCAUUCCGAAGAAUACGAUAAUUGAAUCGAGACCAUUCGAAGUGGACGAUUUCAUCGGUGUACUGGAUAAUGUAAAGUCGUGCUUUGAAAAGCUCACUAUAUUCUCACUGAUACCUCCAGAGGAUCUUUCCGCAUCUUCGAGAAAUCGUUACGAAUGUAUUAGUUAUGCUAUAAUAUUUUGUGGAGAGCAUUCUUCAAAGAACGUGUGGACUGAUGAUGAUUGUAUGGCUGCAUCUCGAACAACUUUAAAAACAAUAAUGUCUGCUUGUUUGUGUGAGACAUUGAACGAUUAUAUGAUUAAAGUAGAUCAACGAGAAACACUCCAUGGCGUUAAUUUAUUAAGUUUUAUUCUGCCUAAAUUAUCGAAAGAAGAAUGGCAAUAUUAUCCUUCUAUUACAUGUUGCUUUACUUGGCUUCUGAGCCAUAUUGAGUUACCUUUUAUGAAACAUUUCAUUCAGAUUGCCUUACCAAUAUCUUUGAAUAUUUUAGAAGAUUAUGCCACCUCUAGCAAGCAAAUAGGUCUGAAAUGCUUGUACCAAAUCUUGACAAAUAUUUCUGCAACGGAAUUACAGUGGCAUAUUCAACUGGAAUUAUUACAAAAUAUGCUCAAAAGAUAUCUGUAUUUCAGAGAAUGCGAAUUAAUUCUUCUCGUAAUAAGCUGUGCUUUAGACGUCGCCGAGAAAUCUCAACCAAAUAUGAAGCAUACCGGUGUUAGUUUACAGUGGUCAUUUUACGACGAAAUACUCAAUAUCGCUCUUCCUUUGAUGGAAUUCGAACAAAACAUAGAAAUAAGACAACUGUACGGAGAUUGCUUGUGUUUAAUUGCUAAAUCAGCCAACGUUUCGGCUAUCAGAUGGCUACCGAGAUUUUUAAGAAUUAUAGAAGACUACAGUAAAACCGAUAUCACUGAAAAACACGCUAUGCUGGCUUUGAAUUUAUGCCUUCGUUGGUGCUGGCCAGUUGCAGACCAACACUGGAGAAGGAUUAACGUAAUUGCUGGAAGAAUAAUUUUCAAUUCAGAAAACACCGAAGCUAUUAGAAAAGCUGAAAUUUGUAUUCGUUCUUUGAAAGAUAUUGCACCGAAGGAUGCUGCUAUUUUGGACGUAGAAGCAAUAAGAAGUAAAAAAAAAGAAAGUAAUUUUUAGAUUUCCAUUCCUAAGGUGUUAUUUAUUCAUUUUUUGUUACAAUGUGUUUUGCUGAUUCAGCACUUUUUUAAAUUUUUUUAUUCAACCAAUAAUAUUUUUAAAAAAAUUGUGAUUGAAUAGCGUUAGGAUUUUUUAUUUACAAAUAUAAAGUACAAACAAAAAAUCAUUUUGAUUGAAUGUAAAUGGUCCUUAUUCCAGUCUAAAGAGUAAAAACGAG